AAGAGGUUAUCAGUUGACAAUGUUCAACACAAGUUUAUCAGUUUAAAAUGUUCAAAGCUUCUUUAAGUUUGACUAAUUAGAGGCUUAAAAUUAGAACCACAAAUGUGUAUUUAAUGGAAUACUUUUAAACAACAUAUCAAGUUAAUAACAGUGGUCAAUCCUGAGUUUAUGUGAAUAAAAGGUACAUAAACCCAUUCAGAAAACAGGAAGUAAUUUGAAAAACCUUUCAAUAAAAUGGCGACCACUUUAAGUUCGGUUCAGAAAAGUUCUGAUUUUGUGAAGGACUAUUGUUGUGAUGCUUGUGAAAGUAAACAGAUGGUAGAAACUGCCGAGAUGUAUUGUGAAACAUGUCUGAAGUGUUAUUGUGGAAAAUGUAUCUAUCAUCAUGGUCAAUUAUUUGCUAACCAUACCACUUAUGGGAGGGGAGACAUGAGCAAAUGGCCGCUCACUAAGAAAAUGGACAACUUUAUUCAGACAUGCGAGGCUCACACAGACAAGAAACUAGAAAUGUUUUGUGAGGACCAUAGUCAGCUGUGCUGCAGCAAUUGUGCUUUCCUAAAACACAGACAAUGCAAGGAGGUGACUCUUAUUUCUGAGAAAAUAAAAAGCCACUCAACUGAUCUGCACAUUCUGACAGACAAAAUUGAAACCAUUCUUGACGAACUGAAACAGUUUCAUAGUAAACUAGAGGCCAACAUUCAGUCAGUGGAGAGUUCAUACGAGCAAAGACUACAAGAAGUCAGCGAUGUGCGUCAUAAAUUAAAUGCUGCUUUGGACCAGCUUGAAAAGGCCACUCUGACAGAACUUGAUGACAUGAGGACUGCACUGCAAGCCUCCCUCAAGAAUGAUGUGGAUAACUGCAACAGACUGAAGGAUGAACUGAAACAACUCAGGGAUGCUGUGCAAGACCUUGCUGAUAGGAGCAAGGCAGAGCUCUCAUUUAUAGUUGAAAGGAAAUGUAUGGACACGAUUCUGGAGUCAAAAGUAUACCUGAAGGAACACGAUCUUAAAGUUGACAAUUCAGUAGCAUUCCAAGCAAACACAGAAAUAGAGCGGUUCUUGACCAAACAAUUUAACCUAGGGAAAACUUUACUUAGGACCCAGUCAUUGGCAGUGCAGCAGGACCCAAAUCAUGUAUUAGCAGUAAAACAGAAGAAUGAGUAUGAUGUACGAAUACCAAGUGAUCCAUCAAAUUCAAGCUAUAUCACAGGCAUCUGUGUUAUCUCAAGUGAUAAUAUCCUUGUUGCUGACUACAACACUAAGCGAGUGAAGCUUCUGAACCAGCAGUACAAAGUGAUCAGCUACUGUGAUGUGCCUGUUAAUGAAGGGGACAUUUGUCAGAUAAGUGAAUGUGAGGUGGCUGUUACUGUGUAUGAUGGGAUCCAAUUCAUCUCUGUGGCUAAUUUACAGCUUGUUAAAGGCAGGAAACUUAAGUUUCAGCAUACUUGUGCUGGCAUUGCCCAUCAUGCAGGCAACCUGUAUGUCACCUCCCUUACUGCACUCUACCAGUACACUCUGUCUGGAGCACUUGUUAAGAAGAUCUAUGAAGAUACAACUUCUGCCUACACAGUUUGGAAGUGUGCUGUGAGUCCAAUUAGUGACAGGAUCUAUGUCACCACCGAGGCCCAUAACAAGCUCCUCACACUGUCCACAAAUGGAACCCUGAUAUCCACCUUCAGUGAUCCUGAACUAAUCUGUCCAUGGGGUGUCUCUGUAACACCUGCAGGCCAGGUCCUUAUCUGUGGGUACACCUCCAAAACUAUAUUACAGGUGGAUGGAGAGGGUAAAAGAAAACUGGCUACUCUAGACACAUGGAGGGAUAGAUCGGGCAUGCCAUUGUCAGUCUUCUACAACAGCAACACUAAUGAAGUCAUUGUGGGAAUAAAUAAUAACGACAAAAUCCUUGUACUCAAAAUGUAAUAGCCAGCAUGUUACAUAUAACAACAUCAUUGUCUAUAAAACCUUCCCAGAAAUGAUUUGUAUUCAGGUGGACAGUAAAAGCAAGCAUAUUUUAACAGUUCAACACUUAAUUUUUACUUCAAAUGUCAGGUAAUACUCAUUUGUCUGUUAUGAAAUGUUCAGUGCAAUGAGAAGGUUUUUUUUCCUUAUAUUAGAGUUGAAUACUUUAGGAAAAUGUAAUAGUUCUUGUCUUAUUACGUAUACUUUAUUGUCCAAUCCACCAUAAGCUAUGUGACUCUGGGAUAAUAAAGCUGUUACACAUAUUUUCUAAAUUGUGUAAUUGCUCACAUAUUAUAUCUCACUUUGUCAUUUUCCAUCGGAUUCUCUUAAAAGGCAAGAUGACAUUAAAAAUCUAUCAAAUAAAAAAAUGACUUGUACAAUUUUAAAUCUAAAUCUUUACACAUAACUGACAUAUUCAAGUUUAAAAAGUGUUGCAUUAGAAAAAUCUCUAAGUUUUAUCAUUUCACUCUUUACGUUUGUUUCAUGGUUUUGCCAGAAACUGCUAGUAAGUAGUAUGCAGACACGGUUUAGAAACCACUAAUUUGGUCUGUAAACUUCCUUUUAAUACUUAAAGGAAAAUAUAUUUAUUACGUCUAUCAUCUAAAAGGUAUCAAAUGGUUACAGGCAUUCAAUAUGUCAUGCGCUUGAAUACAAAACCACUAAUUGUAGUAAAAACUUCAUAAAUUCUUUGAAUGAAAACUGUUUAAACAUUACCCAGAAGUUAAUUAUUUUGAAUGUCCAUAGGUUGAAGGUCAAUGGAAGAAAUUUAGGUUGAAGGUAAAACAAAUAAAGAAAUCAAUUGGGACUUUGUCCAAUCUAAACAUCAAAUUCUUUUUUUUCUGACAGGGUGACACGGACACUUAUUGUUUACUUUAAAUAACAUUUAAAUUGUUAUGGCAUAUGUAUUUAUUUUAUGGAAAUGUGACUUUUGUGUACAUGUAGUAAUAAUUUAUUUAUAAAAAUGUAGUUAUUUAUCAAAUUAAUUAUGUUUAUAUUAAUAUUACAAGAUUGAUGAUUGUUAAUAAUUUUAUUGUUCCACCAUUAUACCAAUUUGUAUUAAUAUUAUUUGGUGUAAUGCAUGUUUUAACUAUCAUUAAAUCUUUUUUACCUGUUUAAGAACAUUUCAUUGCAAUGUGUUCUUUAAAUGGACCCUAAAAACACUA